AUAGGAAAAGUUUGUGUUGUCUUUUUCCGAUUUAGCAAGAAAGAUCUGCGCGCUUCGACCACGCAUGCGCAAGAAAUGUGCCAAACCCCUUUCUCGGCAAAAUAUUUCUGCGAUUGUAAAGUUUCGCUCACAAUUCGCUGAUAAUGUAGCAGUGGUCGCAUUAUAUCUUGCCAUCGAGCUGAUAUUUUUUUACCGAACGCCGACUUCCGUCUUGCCGCAACUGCCCGAGCAAACAAAACGGAGCGUCAACGUUUUCCUCACAUAAAAACUUGACUGCAAAUCAGCACCACGAUGAGCAAGGAGAGCGCAAAGUAUUUUUGGAAAAUUGAGGAUUUGUUCAAUGAAAGUGGUUCCGACAUCAACUUUGCUUUGCUCAUCCUCAAUCAGCCAAUUCUUAGCACACCAGAACUUGUGAUUUCUCUGUGGAAAAGAGCGGCGGUACGGAUCACUGUUGACGGUGGAAGCGACAGGUGGCUGCAGUUUUGCCAAGUUCACGAACUAAAUUUGAUCCCCGAUCUAAUCACUGGCGACUUGGACUCGGUACAAAAGGAAACUUUAGCUCAUUACAAAAGUCUUGGUACCUCCGUGAUACAUACUCCGGAUCAAGACGAGACUGACUUCACAAAGGCUCUCAAAGAAACGGCCGCAUGGUUUGCUCAAAAAAGGGUCGAGCCUCACGCUGUGAUAUCAUUGGUAGAAACGUCUGGCAGAAUAGACCAAAUUAUGGCGAAUAUAAAUACACUAUUCAAGUCCCACGCGAUUAUUAAAUGUCCAGUCUACCAACUUGCAAGCAAUUCAAUUUCGUGGUUGCUGGACAAAGGGCACCACCAAAUGAUCAUUCCAAGAAGUUACAACAACAAAAUUUGCAGUCUGGUGCCCAUCGGCAACCCUGCCCUCAGCGUAUCCUCUUCCGGGCUUAAAUGGAAUUUGGAUAAUCAGGGAAUGAAGUUUGGGGAGUUAAUAAGCACGUCAAACAUGUUGACUCCUGCUAGCGACGGCCUUGUCACUGUCGCAACCGAUUCCGUACUUAUGUGGUCAAUAGAACUUAAUUAGGCGGCUCGCUGGAAGAGCAUUCUUGUAACUUGCCUCAUCAAUUGCUGUUCUAUUUAUUAAAGAGUUUUUAUCUUUUCGAUUA